UUUAAAUUUUUAAAAACAUAAGUCGCCCGUAUCACUAAAAUCAUAAAAACUAGUUAUAACAAUCACUUAUUGUCCAUUUUUAGCAAAAAAAGUUAAAAAUACAGCGAAAUUAUUUCCCCAGCGGUUGCCAUGGCAACGCCAAUCACAACACAAUGGAGAACUACAAAUUGUUGGGUAGGAUCGGCAAGGGGGCCCACGGGCUAGUUUUCAAAGCUUUGGACACCCGAAACGGAAGAACCGUGGCCUUGAAGCAAAUAACCAUCGCCAGUAUUGCCAACGGGAUCCCCAAAAACACAAUGCGCGAAAUAUGUACCCUUCGAGCUCUGCAGUCCAAAUACAUUGUACAAUUAGUGGAAAUAUUCACCGUUGACAGCGCCGUGUUACUCGUGAUGGACUACCUGCAGAGAAGUCUAGCCGAAGUUCUGAAGGAUGUAGACAAACCUCUGUCGCUGCCACAGAUCAAAACGUACACGAAAAUGAUUCUUUUGGGUGUGGAUACCAUGCAUUCGAAUCGGAUCAUGCAUAGAGAUUUAAAACCCGCGAAUUUAUUGAUAGACAGUUGUGGAAUUUUGAAAAUCGCCGACUUCGGGCUGUCGAGGAUCUACAAUAAAGAGAAAGAUCGCCUGUACACGCACCAAGUGGGGACCCGGUGGUACCGCGCCCCCGAAUUGCUGUACGGCGCUCAGAAAUACACACCGGCAGUGGAUAUGUGGGCCGUUGGUUGUAUUUUGGCCGAAAUGAUCGACAAGCAGCCCCUUUUUCCCGGUGAAACUGACAUUGCUCAACUCGCUAUAGUUAUAGCGACUUUGGGUACCCCCGACGAGAACGUGUGGCCUGAGUUAACUAGUUUGCCGGAUUACAACAAAAUUGCUUUCACUCAUAGUGAGGGACAAUCCUGGGAAAGCAAGUUUCCGGACUGUGAUGCCUCUAGUGUUGACUUGAUUAAAAAAAUUAUACAGUAUGAUCAACACAAACGAUUGGGAGCUAAAAAAGCUUUAAAUCACAAAUUUUUCUUUGAAAAGCCGUUGCCAGGAAGGUUGGAAGAAAUGCCGAAGCCUGGUGAAGUCAAACCUGAUGGGUGGUUUUUCAAAACUUUUGACGAAAUUGUCGAUUUUAAUAAAGUUAAUCUUUGAAUUUGAGUACAGUUAAGGUAACCCUGAUAAUGCUUCACGUUUUUAAUAUAGUAAGAAAGUACAAAGUUAAAUCCAGUAAAAUACAAAUUUAUAAAUCGACAAAGAAAAGUAAAAGUUGGUGGUGUUGUUUAUGGUUUGGUUUUCUUUGGAGCCUUCCAGGGCGCCUUACAAAUAGGA